GUAAAAUGAAACGUAACUAUGAUGGCAGGAGCUUGUCAUUUCGUUGAUUUCGAUACAUAAUUCCUUAAUUUAUUAGCUCUUAUGAAUUAUUAAAUUGUAAAGCAUUAAUAAUUAUUCUAAGUAGGAUUAAGAAUAGUGCAUGAUAUCUUUAUACUGAACACACAAAUUUUACUACGACUAACAUAAGUAAGUGAUUUACUCCCAAAGAAUAUUGCAAGAAAAAGCCAAGUUACUAAUAUUAUCUUUGAAUCGAUCUAUGAAACAAACCAGCGGUUCGUUGUGAAUAUAUUAUCGUUAUGUCAACAAAAUUAUGAGCUAACCGAUAAGCAAAGGUAUUAGCAGUAUUAAAACUCCUAUCAAGAUGUCUUUGGAUCGUGAAAGUAUAGGAGGUAUACCUCCAGUCACCAAUGUUGUUGCAGCCGCAGAUCCUCGCUCACAACUUCUACAAGAAAUGCGAGAACAAAACUUUGAUCUAAUCAGAUUUGCAUCAUACAGAACAGCUUGUAAACUGCGCUUUGUACAAAAGAAGUGCAACUUACAUGUCAUAGACAUAUGGAAUGUGAUAGAAGCAUUUCGUGAGAACGCACUCAACACAUUAGAGCCAACGGCCUGUGUAAACGUCACAAGAUUAGAAACUUUAGUGUCAUCUCUAUAUCAUAAUCUGAAUAAACGCUUACCGCCUGCACACCAAGUUUCAGUAGAAGCAUGCUCAGCGUUACUCUUAAACUGGCUAUUGUCAGCAUACAGUACUGGUGAGAAUGUGGGAAAAAUCAGAGUAUUCUCAAUUAAAGUGGCAUUAGCUACAAUGUGCGCCGGUAAACUAAUGGAUAAACUACGAUAUAUAUUUUCGCAAUUAUCAGAUGGUAAUGGUCAUUUAUUGAUGAAGAGACUGUCUGACUAUCUACGUGAAGUACUGGCCUUGCCUGCAGCUGUGUAUGAGUCACCAUCGUUUAGUUAUAAUGAUACAUUGGCACUAACUAUUUUUAAUCAGAAUGGAAAGAUAACAGUGAAUGACUUCCUAGACACAUUAAUGUCUGAUCCUGGUCCUCCAUGCCUGGUCUGGCUACCAUUAUUGCAUCGCCUUGCCAGUGUUGAAAAUGUGGUGCACCCGAUGUCGUGCAGCGCGUGCCGGCGCGGCUCGCUCACCGGCUUCCGGUACCGCUGCACGCGCUGCGCCAGCUGCACGCUCUGCCAGGACUGCUUCUGGCGGGGCCGCCCGGCGCCGCCGCACGCCGACGACCACGAGGUCAAGGAGUACGCCUCAUACAAAUCGCCGUCGAAGCAGAUCGGCGCUACGUUACGGAAGUCGUUCCGCUGCGUUCCCGAACGGGCCCGAGCCCAGCUGCCGCGGUACCCCGACCAACCGGAGAGGACGCUCAACCUCAGCCAUAUUGUGCCUCCGUCCCCAGUGCCGGCCCACAACGGCUUCCCGGAGUACGUGGGUGGCUACGUCAACACGGGCUCUUUGGAUUCGCGUUCGUCCCGAUCCACACAUCGCAGUAUAGCAGAGCAUCUAUCGCGUGGAGUGGACGACGAGCACCGCCUCAUAGCGCGGUACGCGGCUAGACUGGCCCAGGAAAACCGGACUAUGCCUCGUGCUGGAAGAUCAGCCUCCUUGACCCCUGAGUUGGGUCGUUCGUCGUCCGAAGGUUCGGAAGUGGACGCGGCUCGACAACAGCGCGAGCUCAUCUCACAGCUGGAGGCUAAGAAUCGAGAAAUUAUGAGGGAAAUAGCGAGACUCAGACGCCAACAGGAAGCCGAAGCCGGUGCUGGUUCGACGUCGGCCCCGCCGCUGGUGUCGGAGCUGAGAGCCCUCAGACAACGGAAGGACGAACUCGAAGGACAUCUCUCCUCGCUUCAGGACUCCAGGAAACACCUAAUGCAGCAGCUCGAGGGACUCAUGAGGAUGCUGAAGACACAACAAUCAUCACCGCGUUCGACGCCCAAUUCGUCUCCUAGAUCCACCAAAAGUCCACCUUUGCCGGGAGCUCAAACUCAACCAUCUGCACCGGAAAGAGACACGAGCGGCCGCGGCAAUGUGAGAAGCGCGCCGCAAACGCCAUCUCUCGGCGAGAGAGAGCGGAUCGACAUGACGCACAGUCUCGGUAGGCGGUCCGCUAGUUAUAUACAGGGUGCAAUGGAGAGCAUGUCCAAUGAAACGAGAUGUUUCCCUCAGAACCAAAGGCCUACGACAAUGGGCAUAGACAAUCGUAGUCUAAGGAGCGACCUUCUGUACGCUGCGGAUUCUGUGACGAACGCCAUGUCCACUCUGGUCAGAGAACUCAAUUCAGAGGGCUCAGACACCGAAGAUACGGUUAAAGGCGAUUCGAGAAAGCAAAGAGAUUUUGAAGAGGACGACGAUAGCGACGAGCCAAUGCCUAGACCUCAACCGCCGAGACACUAUCUACACGAUACUAAUGUACAAAGCAUAAGCACCUAGUCACGAAACGUAUUUUGCAAUUAUUUUUUGAGGAUACGCCUCCUCCGCUGCCGGCUCGCACGGGACAUUACUAUCCUCGGACAUAACCGCACGUACUCGAACCUACUAAGCACUAUGUACUAUAUGACUAUUAUAUACUUAACUAGUUUUAAUAUAUAAAUACUAUAUACUGCAGAAGUACCGACCCUCAAAAAAUCACGAACACUAGCGCCAUCUAUGUAUCGCGGAGUAAAUAUUAAUAGUUUGAACGAUUAAUUAUUAAAGAUAAAAUUAAUUCGUUUUCUCCUAUUAUGUGUAAUAAAUAAAUAUAUAUUUUGUGUUGUAGUCUGUGUAUGUCCAAUGAGAAUGACUGCGCAUAUUUUGUUUUGUUGGUUCGAUGAUUUUUUCAUAAUAGAUGUCGUUGUAUUAGAGUUAAUCCCCUGUAUUCGUCGCUGUAUAAAAAAUAAAAUGAAGAUAGUAUACGCGAAAUUAAAAGAUGCGUUCUCAUAUACCGACUUAAAAUAAAAUUUAGUUAUGUGAGCUCAGAUUGGAACUAAUGUCCGUGAUGUACAUUUGAGAACAAAAAUUUGGUAUAUUUUGUGCAUCUCUAUAAGGAAAAUAUUAAUGCAAAAAAAAAAACUAUUUUCUCGUAAUAAUAUUAAAACCGACCGACUCAACUGAAGUGUAAUUAUUGAAAAAUUUUUAAAUUUAUUCUAUUUGAAAAAUUCAUUAUCAUUAAAAAUAUAUAUGUAUACAUAUUUCGAAGAUAGCUUUAUGUUAUUUGUUUUCUGUAAAUAUGAGUACUUAAGCUGGUACAGGCAACUUAUCUAACUACUCGUCUUCUAAUGUACUUAAUCUACGUUCAAGUUGCGUUGCUGCCCCUGGUCCACUGCUCCAAAUCAACUUGCGUCAGUUUAGGCAGUGCUUCAAUACGAAAUACAUUUGUUGUACCAUACAUAGUUUUAGAAUCGUCAAAUUAAUCUGUUAGGCUAGCAAAUGCACUAUUAGAUUCCUUUGAUACUGUUUUUUGAGUGAUGUGAUUGAUUUAAUUAAUGUUUAGAAGUCAGAAAAAAAUUGAUGUCGAUAUAAACAUUGUUUGAAAAAAAAAAAACAUUUUUAAAUGUGAGUAAAAUUAAUAACCAGUCUACAUAAUUUUAGACCCCCUAUAGUACAUUAUUUUUUAUGUUUAAACAUUAUGAUUACGUAUUUAUUUUGAUUUAAUUGCGGUAUGUGUUUGAAGAGCAUAUAACAAAUACUACUAAAGUACUAAUAAAGGAUAGAAGUGAAAAAAUAAUAUUUUCAUGAAUAUUUUAUAGUAAAGAAAUUGGUUUCUGAUACUAAACUACUGCUGCAAUUGGCAGCUUUGCAAUAUACAAAGAGAGAAGCUUUAAUUUGAAAGAAUGGAAACAUUUACUUAGUGUUUGCUUUAUGUGUUUGGUAAGUCUAUAGGAAUACGCCGUGUCUACAUUUUCGAUUGCAGACCAGUUAGGGUUGUCACAUCACGUUUUUAAUACAAUCAUAUGUAAUUUUAAAAAAUAUUCAAAAAUUAUGUCUUUCACUCUUAGGUUGGAAUGUUCAAAAACUAAUUUAUAAACUGAAUGUCUGUGAGAGAGAUUGUGCUCCUCCGGGCUCCGCUUUUGAUAGUGAGAAGACAUUUUUUUUUAAUCAUAAUUUUACAAAUGUAUUUCUAUUUAUUUAUCUAUUCCUUCAUAUCAGUAUAUUUACAUACUUCUUGUUUCGUCUUCCAUUGGUCAAUUCCUUCCAUUUUAUGUACAAAUAAGUCAAUUUAAACUUCCCUUCCAAUGCAAUUAUAUUAAAAUUCGGUUCGUUUAAAAUACGAGAGGAUUGGUUGUAAUAUUUUAAAUCUUUUUACUUAUUCUGAAUUCAAUGCGUACGAUUGCAGUCACUUUGAUUAAUAAAUUUCCGAUUUUAUGCAAUCAAAGAAUGAAUAAUGAAUAUCCCGUAACCUUAAAAAAAAAAAAAAAAUUGGCCUGCGGUACAACCCUGUUAGGCUCUACAAGUUUUUAUUUUAUUUAUUUACUUGAUACGUAUGUACUUAAAUGUUAUACUCCGUUAUAUAAAAAUAAAUCUUUUGAUUUAAUUUUAUAAUUUUACACAUGUAUGGUUUUUCAAAAAGCUUUAUUCAAAAGUUUUUGAAAUAAAGUACUUAGGUAACGUUAUUACCUUUUAAACCUAUUAAAUAAAAUAUAUAUUUGGUAUAUAUAUUAUAUUUUUAAGAAUGAAUAGCUAAAACUCAACGAACUUUGUUUGACGUCUGGAAUACAGAACAUUUAAAAUCGCAAUGUAGAUAUUUGCUAACACUAAUGUAAGCUCAAAUUUUGAAUACCAAAUUUUUUACAUUACAAAAACAUCACUAAAAAUUAAUUAAAGACUGAGGAUUUGUUUUUUUUUUGACAUUGACCACCGACCGUGGAAACCAAAUUAACGCAACCAAAUCAAAUUACUUUUAUUAUUAUUAUAUUAUAAUUAUUUUUUGAAAAUUUAAUUUAAGUUCACACGAAAAUCGAUACUCCCCGAUGUAAAAAAUGAUUCAAAUAAAAUCGAUGCUUAAAAUCGAAAUGUUUCAUAGACAGCCUAACCAAUAUCGGUACGUCUCUGGUGACACAAAAUUAUUGUAUAAGAAAAGUUAAUUACAUAGUCGCUUAUAUAUAUAAAAAAAUUAUUGGAGUUAUUUUGGAAAAAAAAUUGAGAAAACUAAUUCACCUUUUAAAGGUUUACAAUUUGCAUAUCACAUUGAACCGCCAUAAAUAAAACUAAAUAAAGUAAAAAAUAUUUUAAUAAUUUUGAAGACAAUGCAACAUAACAUGAAAUGCAUUAUGCCUGAACUAAACCGUGAGCUAAGAGAUAUUCACGGAAAACAGUCUUUGUUAUUUGAACCGUAUUCCUAUACUGUUAGAUGCGCUUUUGCAUACCUAACCUGUUCGGCAUUACCUCGUUUUAUUUUUGACACUUGAAAUAAAAUGGCUGCCGUAUUUUGCACCUUUUUUUUUCAACUUUCGAAUGUACAUAUAAACGUACAUUGCAAUAUUAGUGCAAUAUUGUUAAAAUGAUUGGAAUUUAGAGAUUGUCUUGCCUAUUUGUGAUGAUUUUUAUUUGUUAAGUUAACACGAAGAUCUGUUGUGUUCUUGGUAACGGAUGGUUUUUUUUUUUGGUUUUUUUUUGUACUUUUAGGUUAUGUUCCAAAGCGUUCUAGAAUUUAUUUAGUUUGUAAUUUGUUUUUUUUUUUAUAAAUGGUGUAUACAGUUUAUGAGUAAACAUGUUCAAACAUAAAAUUACAAAAAACAUAAAAUUAUUUAUGUAUUUUAAAUAGGUAUAUAUUUUUAAAAUUGAAAUUUUUAUAUUGCUGUUCUUAUAUGAGUCGACUAUUAUCAAAGCCGGCAAUGUGACUUUUGGACAAUUAUUGGUAAAUCAGAAAAACGAAUUAUUGACUUUGUAUUCCAUUGGCAGUCACAAAACUCUUCUGAUCGACAUCUUAGAUAAAUAACAGGUUAAGUAUUAACCUUUAUUUAAUGCAGGUUUUGAACCGUAUUCUUUGAAGGAGACGAUUAUAUUCAAAUCAAUCUGUAUCGACAUAUCAAUAAAAAAAUUUUGUCCAAAUGCACAGAUUGCCACCUUUGAUAAUAGACGACUCAUAUAUGAAUAAUUGUUGAUCGAAGAAAACGAGUUUUAUGGACAUGUUUUAUUGUGUUUACGUCUAAAACUAUUUAAUCUACAUUUUUUACCUAAUCUGUGCUCGUUCUGAACUGUGUACGCCAAAAUUUUUGUAUUUAAGUAUAUUUUGCUUAAAUAUGAUAUAUAUAUGAUAAUGAUAAUAUUUUCACAAAACUAGAUAGAAACCUCGUGAUACUAAUGCAAAGUUUACAACUAACUGUAAUAUUUAAUAUGUAAACAACAUAAUUAAUUUUACUUUGAUCAGUAAUUUGAACUAUACUGAAAAGUACUUACUUGUUUUUGGAUUAUAUUCCAUCAAUUUAUACCUAUUGCUUUUUCUUCUACAAAAAAUUUAGGGUCUGCGUUUAAUGUGAUACAUGUCAUGUCAUGAGUAGUUAUUAGAGAAAAUAAAUACCUAAUGAACGUUUGUUAUGUAUACAUGCUUUCAGAAAAUGUUCCGAAGCUCUAAGUGAUAAUGGAUAUUGGUUCCGAUUUAAAAUUAUGAUAAAUGAGUAUUAUGCGAAUUGCAGUCACCAAUUUUCUGGUUGUUUUUUCAGUUUUUUUCUAUUUAUUGCUUAGAUGGGUGGACGAGCUCACAGCCCACCUGGUGUUAAGUGGUUACUGGAGCCCAUAGGGAGCCACCCACCUUGAGAUGUUUUCUAAGGUCUCAGUAUAGUUACAACGGCUGCUCAACCCUUCAAACCGAAACGCAUUACCGUUUCACGGCUGAAAUUGGCAGAGUGGUGGUACCUACCCGUGCGGACUCACAAGAUGUCUUACCACCAGUUUGUAUUUACUUACCUACUUUUAUUUUAGGCAACAGUUUCAAGAAGCUAGUUAUAAUUCCGUUGUAGUAACUAAUGGGAGGCUUUGUUUCGAAGUUUCUUCAAGUACACAUCGAUCCUGAAUGACAAUUUUUAUCUUAUUAAAUUAAAUAUUAAAUGCAAUAAUACUUAAUAUGAGCCCGAACUACAUAAAAGACCAUGUGAUGUCACGUUAAAUUACUGAUCAAAUUACCAGUACAUACAUACAUUGUUACUCUUUAAUUAUAUAUAAAAAACCACUUACUAAAUUUAUUAUAGGCUUAUAAAUACGUACAUAAUCUUUUAUACUAUAGAUUUUAUAGAUUAAGACGUUUAGAUUAUUAUAUGUCUUAGAUUUUAAUUAAAUAGAGGAGUGAUCUUUGUUUUAGUGAUGCGCCAGUAAAAUUGUUUUCGUCAAUCGUAUAUAUUUUUGGGGAAUUAAAUAAAAUAAUUUAUAAUUUAUCAGUACUGUAACGAGUAUUAUAACUAUGUUGUGGUAAGUAGAAGGUGUUUUUCAUUCGGUAAUUUAUUUAAUCACUCCUCAGAUUUAAAUAUUCAAUUGAGUUGUAAAGAGAGCACAAUUAAUGUCUUUCAAAACACAUUUUCUAAAUUGUAAUUGUGUACGUCUUCUGGUGAAAAAAAAAACUUCCAUAUUUGUGCGUUAAGAUCACACUUGUAAGUAAGUACCUAUGUAAAGAAUAUUUUACAUUCUAAUAUUAUAUAAAUUUCUGGACUGAUUCUGAAAGAUUGUCUGAUCUGUAGAAGUCAUAUUGAAUGAUACUUUUAGAUUGGUUAUAUUGUCUAUCCUUCUAACUUGAAUGAAGAUAAUCCAUGAUUGAUAUGUUAAUGACAUGGCCAUUUUGCUAUGUCAAAUGAAAAGAAAAACUAUAUAAAUAUUUAUAGAGAAGUUUUAUGUAAAAACAUCAAGAAACUAUAAAGUAAGAUGGCGUUAUUAUUCCAUAAACGUUUUGAAUUUUAAAAUUUACAUUUAUUAGUUAAAGAAUGUUUACAUACUUAAAGUUUUAUUGAUUUAUUUAACUAAUUAAUUCAGUAUACUACUCGCAAUAUAGUCCCUGAAGUCACACUAGCGCCAUCUUCACUUAUUCAAUUGCAGUUUAAUAUUUUGAGAUACAACUUUUCUAUUUGAACCACCUCAAAAAUGACUCUCAUCUACCUUUCAUCCUUAGUAGGUACAUAUUAGGAUACUAAAAAUACAUCCUAAAUAUGAAACGCACUAUAGAAAAAUGUUAAUGUUUGAUUAUAAUCGAGUGAGACAAUCUUUCAUACUUAAAUCGUAUAAGUACUUAUAUAUUUAUAUAUUUAAGAAUAUUGUCAUUAAAAUGUAAACAUUCCAUUGCUUGUGA